AUGUCUCUCUGCCUCAAUCGCCUCCAGGAGGAACGGAAGCAGUGGCGUCGUGAUCACCCCUUUGGCUUCGUUGCGAAGCCCCAUCGCACAACACAAGGAACGUUGGAUUUGAAGCACUGGGAGUGCGCAGUUCCGGGCAAGAAAGAGACUCUCUGGGAGGGUGGAGUUUUUAAACUGGAUGUUCUCUUUCCUGAUGAAUACCCUACCAAGCCGCCCAAGUGCAAAUUCACUCCUCCACUUUUCCACCCUAACGUCUAUCCCUCGGGCACAGUUUGCCUUUCCAUCUUGAAUGAGGAAGAAGCCUGGCGCCCAGCUAUUACGAUUCGCCAAAUUCUGCUCGGGAUUCAGGAUCUGCUGAAUGAGCCCAACCCAGAGUCCCCCGCUCAGGCAGAUGCAUACAACUUAUUCAAGAAGGACCGCGCUGCCUAUGAACGACGAGUUCGUCAGGUAGUGAAGGAAAACCCUCCAAUGUAA